CCAAUUCCUUCUGUCUGUACAUCGCGAGCGCCCGGAAUGGCCGGACGCCGGCUGUGUCGGCAGGCGCUCAUCUGCGCCUCGGCGUGCCUCAUCACGUGCAUCGCCCUCCUCUGCCUCUGGAUCCAGCAGUCCGGCAAGGACAUCUGCCUGGCCAUCGGAGGGGUCUUCCAGCCCACCGCAGUCAUGGUACCCGCAGAGAAAUACGUUCUCGACAAGCAUCAUCGAAAGUACAAAUACAGUCGAGAAAUGCCCCUAGUGUUCAUCGGGGGCAUGCCCAGAUCAGGAACCACUUUGCUGAGAGUCCUUCUAGAUGCUCAUCCGGACAUCAGGUGUGGAGAAGAGACGAGGGUUAUCCCCAGGCUCCUCGGCCUCAAGAGCCAGUGGCUCAAAUCUCCACUCGAGUCCAGAAGACUCAAGGAAGCAGGAAUCACAUCGCAGGUCUUGGACAGCGCUGUGGCUGCCUUCACCCUAGAAAUAAUCGCUCGGCAUGGUGAGCCUGCCUAUAGGCUGUGCAACAAAGAUCCUUUCAGUCUGCGGUCGUCUGUCUAUCUUCACAGUCUCUUCCCCAACGCCAAGUUCGUCCUCAUGCUUCGGGAUGGCAGAGCUGUGGUUCAUUCCAUCAUAUCCAGAAAGGUUACUAUCACCGGCAUGGAUUUACAUGAUUACCGUCAGUGUCUCCGAAGAUGGACAGCAGCGGUUCAAGCCAUGUAUAAUCAGUGCCAUCUCCUGGGACCACGCAUAUGUCUGCCCGUUCACUACGAACGCUUAGUUCUGCAUCCGGAACCAACCAUGAGGAUGGUGCUCUCGUUUCUCGACAUUCCAUGGAACAAUUCCGUACUCCAUCACGAGCUGCUGGUUGGGAAACAAGGAGGUGUCUCUCUUUCCAUACUAGAGAGAUCAACAGACCAAGUGAUCAAACCCAUAAAUACCGAAGCUCUUACCAAAUGGGUGGGUCACAUUCCGGAAGACGUAGUCAGGGACAUGCCUUCGCUGGCACCCAUGCUAACUGCGUUAGGGUACGACCCCAGAGCCAAUCCUCCCAACUACGGUAAGCCAGAUUCUCUGGUGAUCAAGAACACUUUCGAUUUAAAAGUGAACAAGAAGUUGUGGGAGGCUCGAGAGAGACAGGUGGUCGAAAAAAGAGAGAGCAUUUGGCGAUCGUGGCUCCAGAAACCGAGGACUAAAGUAGAGCACGCGACGAGUGCUGCAGUGCUCGAAAACUCAACCCAGGUAGCGACAGAAAUUGCUCAGGGCACAAUGACAGGGCUGUUGUCAACCACCGUCAAUGAAAGUGAUAUCGAUCACACCGUUAGAAGAAUUUGAUAUGUGAGAAAACUAAAUGUGUGAGCUUUUUUGUAUGCUUUGUUUUUGUUAUAAAUAUUUUAAAAGAUAUUAACUUUAUGAAGCAGAAAUAGUUCCAAAAUAUAUUAAUGUUUUGUUAAAGUAUAACAAAUAAUGGGGACAUCAGUUGUUUUAAAAGAUGUAUCUAAUUAAGUAUGGGAAAAGAAUUUAUGUUUUAAAAUAUAUUAGGUACUAAUAUUCAAAGGAUCAUUAUUUUAUCCAUUCUGUCUGUUUUUUAUCAUUUGAUAUCGAAAUCCAUUAUGCAGUAAAAAGAUUUUAAUAUAAACUAAUUCAGAUUUAUGAUUUGAUUUUUUCUUUUUCUUCUUCUGGAGUACUCUUAAAAUAUCUUUUAAUUCCUGUUGUUAGUCGUGCUCAAUAACGCUUAGAGUAAUCAACCUUCUCAAGAUUCCAAGAUAAUAAGAAAAUUUAUUCGUAAAUCGAUUUUGCCUCAGAUUUCGUUUCGGAACUCUUGUUUUCUCUGUUGUUAACCAAUCUCAAUAGUAAUGAAAUAAAAAAAUGGCCUUCAAGCCAUAUGAAAUAAAUUUUAUACUUUGAACAGAUCAAAUUUUAAAUGGUAUAUUUUUUUAUCCAAUAACACUCGUCUUUAGUAACAGCGUUAUCCAUAAAGGCAUUACAAGGAUUUAAUUUGGAAAAAAAUUGAAUUUCACGAAUUUUUCCGUUUUUUUCCAAGGUUUUUUUUUUUUUUUUUUUGAUGUUUUAUUUUAAAAGUUUGGGAUAAAUUUUCUGUGAUCAAGAGUGAUGAUAUGUGAAGUGUGUAUGUAUAUCAAGAAUACAAAAAUUGUAUAUGAAGAUGUAUGUAUUUUAGAAUGUAUUUCCUUGUUAUUAUUAGAUGAGAUUCAAAAAUCUAUACUUGUAAUUUGUGAAUUAAAUAUAUUUUGUGUUGUG